AUGAUUUUCAGGUUCUUAAGCUAAAAGUUUCGUGCAAGAUAAAGUUUCCGAUAAUAAUUUGUAUCAUUUUCAAGUUUGCUAGGAGUUGCAAAUUUUUUAUGUCAUGAAAUGAUGCAAAGAGGUGAACAACUUUUCUCUCCAAGAAUGUUGUUAUGAAAUGCUUUUAUUGGCAGCUAUCAGAAUUUUAGUGACAUUCAUGGACAUUCCUUAACUAAUUAUUUAGCUGUUUUGGAGGUGUAGGUUCAUUUGCAAAUUUAUGUGAUUGUGCUUCUGCAAAGUUGAAGUCCAGCUGAGCACCGUCUAAUGAUCUUAAAUUUAAUUGGGAGAUUCUAAUGGUGAAGCCAACAGGAAAAUGAUGGUGGUUUUAGAUUUGUCGGGUGAAGAUAAAUAUGUAGAUGCUAUCAAUUUAGCAUCACCCUAUUCCGUCAAGUAGUUUUCAUCCCAAAAGUAGUCAGCAAAAACAGGAACAGUAAACAGCAAACAGCCCUCUCCAGCUAAGAAAAUCAGCUUUCUGAAACUGGCCCCUUGCAGCCAGGAAGUCUCUUACGGUAGGAAGUGCUGCUCCUAAUCUAGGAAGCAAAGUAGUAGACUAGAAGAAGGCAGGGAAAGCAAUGGUUUCCAAGCAAAGCAAUAUCACAUCAUUCUUCAAGACAGUUAGUUUGGGCAGAAUGAAGUUCCUACUAUGUCAAAACUAGAGGUUGCAGCCUAAUUCAUACCCACCACCAAGGUAAGUUGCUUUUGGUUUCAUAUGAUUUCAUCAAGGCAUUUGAAAUGUCUUUUUUGUGUCUUAGUUUUGAUCCGCUAAUGCUUUUAUACAUCUUGAGGAGCAAAGGACUGAUGUUUAUGGGAGAUUCAGUGUAGAGAACCAGUUUGAGGAAAUGGCUUGUUUGGUACAAUGCAUGAUUCCUGAGGAGAAAAAAAUUCUUUCAUAGAAUUCCUCUUUUGAAGAUCUUCAAAGCUGAGGAAUAUAAUGCAUCAACUGAGUACUACUGGGAGCCCAUCAUACUAGAGUCUAAUUCAAACCAUGCAACAAAUCACUGUUCGGAGACAGUUGGUGAACCUUGAUGCCGUAGCCAAAUUAUGGCAAGAACUAGGAAGGAGUUAAUGUGAGGUUUGAGAGCUAUAUCAGUCUAAGAUUGAUGCUAAUAUGUAAGUAUUCAGUUUUCCAUCAAAGGCUUUUUGUUCCAUUCAAAUUCUUCUAGUUUUUUCCUUUUUUUUUUAGCAAAAAUUCUUCUGGAUUUUGUGUUGCAAGCUCCAGUUUUUAAUUUGAGCAUACAUUCUGAAAUCCAAUAGAUUGCCCUUUCUUCCUUCCUGGGUUUCGGGUUUUUUGUUUUCAGCUAUGGAACCCCAGGGCCUGUUCAAGAAUACAUUGAGACAACUGCUUUUGGAUUGGCACUGGAAACUUGGCAAAUUGGUUAAAAUCCAACAUCAAUCCUCCAAUUCAGAGGGUCUUCUUCUUGACCAUGUCCCCAACACAUCUGUGGAGCUGGGAAUGGAAGCCAGACGGUCACAAGAACUGUUUUGAUGAGACAUCUCCAAUUCAAGAAGCAUCAUACUGGGGAGCUGGAUCUGAAGCAUUGGGGAGGAAGGACACAAGAUUAGAGAUCGAGGAAUGAAUGUGCAACCUAUGGUAUCAUGGCAACGUCCUGUGGAGAUACCAUUAAGGUCAAAUACCGAUACAGCAAUACCACAGGGGCAAGGCAAAGCCAGGUUUGGAGUUGUCCUUAGGGAGUAGGAACUGUGACAGCAAAGUUAUAGGAGUUGCGCAAAAGAACUUGUGGGUUUCAAGGAUCAGUUCUUCAAGCUGAGGUUAUGGCUCUUGAUUUCGCAUUGCGUACGGGCAGAGAAUUUGGACACAGAAAUGUCAUCAUUGAAUCAGAUUGUCUUAAAGCCGUACGAGUAGCUGUGCCCAACGAUGAUUGUUAUCUUCCUUUUGGAGCAAUAGCGGAGGAAAUUCGAGCUAAGAAAUUCCAUUUGCUUUGUGUGUUUCCAGCAUGUAAAGCGUGAGUGUAACUUGCUAGCCCAUGGGUUGGGUUAGCUACAUUCCCUUCACCUUGGGAGGGUGUUUGCUAAUAAGGAAUGUAGAAUCAAGAUAUUUGAUACAAUCAUAUAAAAAAAUGAGUAAUUUUCCUCCUAUUGUCUUCGGUACGAGGAAAUUGAUCUGUUUGGCAGUGCUAACCAUACAAGAGAAGUACAAACCAAAAAUGCCAUGAACAAGUUGCAAUGUUUUUACCACUUAUGAAAGGGUCCUUUCAGUGGACUUGUCACUCACCAUGGUAAAGAAGAUUUUGCCGGCAAAAGCAAGAGCCCUGGAGAUGAAUCCAGCUACAUUGAGCAGCAACCUCUUCCCCAAUUACUUACAAAAGUUCCCAUCCGGCAUCACCUUCAAGUUCUGUUUGCAAAAUUUCGCAUCCCAUGGUUGUGCAGUUGUAGAUGGAAGAAGACUUUGCAUAGAUUCUUUGUUAAACUUAGACCCCAUUUCAGCAUCUCCAACCAAAAUUGCUAGCUGCUCAUACCCCUU